GGUGGGGCUGGCAGUCGUACGGUCCACAGGUCCAGCUGGGCUGUGACGCCGCACAAUCGCUUUGUUUUUCUUGGCUUCCAAUAUUUUUAUUUUCGACAUGGACGGGUUUGCAUUUCAAUUCGAGGCUGAUGCCGCCGAAGCUGAGGGCUACACACCCGAGAAGUCUGCUCCCAGCACUCCGCGCAACGAAGCAGCCAAAGAUAGCGCUGCUAACGACAGCACAGCCAAGCAAAGCCCAAGCGCUGAGGGCGAACUUGCUCCCAAGCCAACCACUAGCAAUGAGGGUGCAGCGAAACAGGACACGCUGCCCUCGUUUGGCUCCAUGUUUGGCUUCGCUGCCAGCUGGGGCAAAAAACUGCAAGCCGACCUCCAAAUCGACCAGUUUGUCGACAGUGUCAAGAAGCAAUCCGAGGAGGUGACCAAAGCGUACAAGCAGGAUAUCUCGGAAUUUGCCCAGGCAGUCAAGGUUGGUGCCACGCGCGGCAUGGACGAGCUUUCGACGCGGUUCGCGCAUAUGAAGACCGGACUUGAGACGGAGCUCAACGCCAGCGACACACCAGCGGCUGAAGGCGAGUCUCGCGAGAUCGAGGUGCAGCAAGAGAGCACGGGCUUGUUCCAAGGCAUGGGCAGGCAUUUCCAGAUUGACUCGCUAAAGCAGCGCCAGGAGAAGGCGAAGCGGCUGAUGAGCAAGCUUGGCACUGAUCUUGAGGACCUGCUGCGCGACGCCAUUGUGAUUGAGGCUCCUGGCAGCGGGACCACGGAGGAGCAGCGCAAGGCAGCGCGUAAGAUUAUCUACGACCGACGCAUGGCUCAGCUGGCGGCGGUGCAGGAGAACGAAGACACCUAUCUGGUCAACCCGAGCACAACGGACAUCUCAAUUCCUGGAGGCGUGCCAAAGAGCGACAAGGACGGCGAUGAGAAGGCCGGCUCGGAUUUCGAGGAGUUCAUAAAGACAUUCAAGCUUGAGGACAGCAAGGACAAGGUGACCGAGCUUCUUAAGGAUGGAUCAGCAGUUGCGGAGAUGCACAAGACGCUGGUGCCCGAUAGGGUCGCCGAAGAGGACUUCUGGACUCGCUAUUUCUUCAAUGCUUGGUUGAUUGACCAGGCCGAGCUUCGCCGGAAGAAGCUUGUUGAAGCCGCUGUUGCUGCGACUGAGGAGGAGGAAUUCAGCUGGGAUAUGGAGGGCGAGUCUGAUUCUGAAGAUAAGACUGGCGAUGAAAAGCAGGAUACGGCUGAAGCUGUUGAGCCGGCGAAGGAAAAGGAUAUGGAUGAGGAGAAGAAGGAUGACAAUGAGGAUAAUGAUGUCAAGAUCGGCAAGAGCAAGGCUGCCGAUAUCGAGGAAAAGGAACCAAAGGCUCGUGAGGAAGAGGAUGACGAUGCCUGGGACGAGUGGGAAUGAGUAUAUGCAUAUUUAAUAAACGACAUGCGUAUGUGCCAAAUAUCCCUGUGCUCUGGACGGGCCAUAUGCUACUUUGGAUGCUUCUCAUCAACAUCUGGUUUCGAUAAAGAAUGGUGUGAUGCUGAGAUACACAGGUGCCAUUGGUGAUAUGAUGCAGUGUAUGCUGCCAACCACUCUCAUAUAUGGCUGCUUCUUCAGUCAUCGCAAAGAUGUAUUUGAAGACUAAAUUGUAGCAUAUCUGAACUGGUAUACAGGCUAGUGCCCACCCUCAUGUUGGCUAUAGGAACCUGAAGCGUCAGAUAUCAAUUGGCCCAUUAGAUCUUUUCCUAGCCCUUUUCUUGCACACAUUAUUCAUAAUCCUGACAUCCCAGUAUCGUCAAGCCCAACGUCACCAUGAACAACCCCAUAUACACGGAUGCAUAUAUGCCAACUGUAACGGCCACAUCAUAACUUUUUUCCUGAGCAAUUAUGAUAAUUGAUGACUUUCAC